AUGGCAUUAUUUGAUACGGCGGCGACACAUUCCUUUGUGUCUGAGGCAUGUGUGGAGAGGCUGGCUUUGGUAGUCAGAGAGCUUCAGUGUGAUCUAGUGGUGUCUACACCAGUAGUUAGGACGUCCAUGGUGUGUUCCAGAUGUCCUAUUGAGGUUGAGGAGCAUAGGUUCAGAGUGAACCUUAAUUGUUUACCUUUACAGGUGCUAGAGGACAUCAUGGAAGGCAUUAGCUGUUUCUUGAUAAUGUCUCAAAUGGACGGGGUUCAAGACUUAGACCCUCUUGUUCACAAGGCUGCAGAUCUUUUGGUUGCAAAUGAUUUUCUUGACGUCUUUCCUGAAGAGGUCCCUGACUUACCUCCUCAGCGAGAGGAAAAUGCUGAUUCCAUUUUAAAAUUGUUAUUUGCUUUUCAAUUAGAGAUAUNGGUUGUUCUGCAGAGUUGGAAUUGGAUGCAGAAAUGGAAGUGGUUGGCAGCGGAGUGA